UCUCCUCUACGAGCCACGUAACGCAUCGCCAUCUCUGCAACUUCGACGCGUUCUUCAACUUUUCCUUCGCGCUGAAGCUUCCACUUUCCCCAAAUCCUUAAAUAACCCCUAGAUUCUCUGUUCACAAUCAUAACCAGAUAGAUCCACAAGUAUCUGCCGAGGAAAACGAAGCAGACUGAUCAUGUCGUCUUCUUCUUCACCAAAACCUCUUCAAAACCGACAAUCUCUAUACCCAGAAGUCAUUCUCUCAAACCCAGAAGCCACAACUUUCUCCUCCUCUUCUUCCUCUUCUCUGUACCCUUCUAUUGACACGAAGGACACGGUGGAGAACCUCUUCCCUGAAGACGACAACGUUUUAGUCCUCCAGGCUCCGGACUCUCAAGAACAAGUCCUCAUCAAGGUCCCAGGAGCCAUCCUCCACUUGAUCGAAAAAGAAAAUAGUGUGGAGCUCGCUUGCGGAGCGCUCUCCAUCGUUAGCCUCACUCAGGGGAACAACGUCGUCGCUGUUUUUGCGCGUGUCGGCGAUCAAAUCCAGUGGCCUCUGGCUAAAGAUGAAGCCGCUGUUAAACUCGAUGAUUCUCACUAUUUCUUCACUCUCCACGUGCCCGCCGCGGACGAUGGGUACGAUGAAGCUGGCGUUGAAAAUGGUAAGGACUUGAAUUUCGAGGUGUUGAACUAUGGGUUGACGAUUGCGUCGAAAGGACAGAAGGAUUUGUUGAGGGAAUUCGACAAGGUGUUGGAGACUUACAGUUGUUUCUCGGUUAAGGAAGUGAAGGAGAAGCCUGGAUGGGAGGUGUUAAAUGCGAGGGAGGUUUCUCCGUCUGAGAUUGAGACAGAGCCGGAGAAGAGGGAUUUUUUGGCGGGAAGCUCUGUGGCGUACUGGACCACUUUGGCACCCAAUGUGGAGGACUAUAGUAGCUCUGUUGCGAAACUUAUAGCAGCUGGGUCUGGACAGCUGAUCAGGGGGAUCUUGUGGUGCGGUGAUGUGACUGUCGAUAGGUUGAAGUGGGGAGACGAGUUCUUGAGGAAGAAGACGACACCAGGCUCGAGCUCCGAGAUCAGUCCCGCCGCACUGAGGAGGAUGAAAAGGGUAAAGAAGUUGACAAAGAUGUCAGAGAAAGUGGCCGGUGGAAUUCUUUCUGGAGUUGUUAAAGUGUCAGGAUUCUUCACAAGUUCUAUUGUAAACUCAUACCCUGGCAAGAAGUUUUUCAGUCUCUUUCCCGGGGAAAUCGUCCUUGCUUCCUUGGAUGGAUUCAACAAGAUUUGUGAUGCUGUUGAAGUAGCUGGGAAGAAUGUCAUGUCAACCACAGCAGUUGUCACAACUGGACUUGUCUCGCACAGGUAUGGCGAACAAGCAGCACAGGUAACGAAUGAAGGGCUUGGUGCUGCAGGGCAUGCCAUUGGGACUGCCUGGGCCGUGUUCAAGAUAAGAAAGGCACUCAACCCAAAAAGUGCUAUCAAACCCUCAACUCUUGCCAAAGCUGCUGCAGAAGCACAUUCUGCAAAAUUAAAGGCGAAAUCUAAGAAGUGAUGGAUGCUGAUAUUGCUUGUAUCUCCUUUAUACAAGCUAUAUCUACACUCAGAGAGACUCUUUAGGUCGAAAUUUCUUAAUUUCUUUUUUCCUAACGUUGUUGUUGUUGUUAUAGGUGUAAAGUUAUCAUUUUUUUCAUUAGAUUUUCUGUAAAUUUUGCAAUGUUUUGAAUUGAUAUUGCUUUUUUAUAACAGUUGUCAAGAUUUUGUAAUCUUGGCUAAUGGGUUUUGUUGUAUCAAGUAGAUAAAAACAGUAAUAAUAAAUAUUAUGUGAAAAUAUUGUACUUCCCUAA